GCUUUGCAGGACAGUCCCCAGACUCGCUCUCUGCUAAGUGUGUUUGAAGAAGAUGCUGGCACCCUCACGGACUAUACCAACCAGCUGCUCCAGGCGAUGCAGCGUGUCUAUGGAGCCCAGGCUGUAGCUGGCUUUUAACUCACACCACAUGACCAUCACAUGAGCUGUCCUCAUAGCCAGAAAUCCUGCCUCAGGCCUCAGUGUUUCCUGCAGCAGAUGCUGGUGAGAAAUCUGCUUAGUGCUGCUGAGCUCAGCGACAGAUUCCAGCAGUGGGCGGGAGCAUUGUCAUUAGCCAGGCCCAGAAUGUUCCACCAGAGUCAUGACCCCAGCUCUGUGAGAUGAAGGAGUGUGUUAACCACUGGGCCCUAGGCACUAUCUGUGAUCAAACAUCUGGAGAGACCUGGCAGAAUCCAGCUGUGGACAGUGUCUUUGGGGAAGCAGCCACUAAUGAAAUGUGCCUGGCCACUCAGCAGCUUUCUAGGCAACUACUGGCCUAUGAAAAACAGAAUUUUGCUCUUGGCAAAGGUGAUGAAGAAGUAAUUUCCACACUCCACUAUUUUUCCAAUGUGGUAGAUAAGCUUAAUGUUCUCCAUACAGAGCUGGCUAAACAAUUGGCAGACACAAUGGUUCUACCUAUUAUACAGUUUCGAGAAAAGGAUCUCACAGAAGUAAGCACCUUAAAGGAUCUUUUUGGAAUUGCCAGCAAUGAGCAUGACCUCUCGAUGGCAAAAUACAGCAGACUUCCUAAAAAAAAGGAGAAUGAGAAGGCGAAGAGUGAGGUUGUGAAAGAGGUAGCAGCUGCACGGCGGAAACAGCACCUUUCAUCCCUCCAGUACUACUGUGCUCUCAACGCACUACAAUACAGAAAACGUGUAGCCAUGAUGGAGCCCAUGAUUGGCUUUGCUCACGGACAGAUUAACUUUUUUAAGAAGGGAGCAGAGAUGUUUUCCCAAAGUAUGGACAGCUUCUUGUCUUCUGUCACAGACAUGGUUCAGAGCAUCCAGGUGGAGCUUGAAGCUGAAGCAGAGAAGAUGCGGGUGUCUCAGCAAGAACUACUUUCUGUUGACGAGUCAGUUUAUACUCCAGACUUCGAUGUGUCUACACCAGAGGCCAACAGGAACCUCAUCCAGAAAGCUGGCUACCUUAAUCUGAGAAAUAAAACGGGCCUGGUUACCACCACCUGGGAGAGGCUUUACUUUUUCACCCAAGGCGGGAACCUCAUGUGUCAGCCCAGGGGUGCCGUGGCUGGAGGCUUGAUCCAGGACCUGGACAACUGCUCAGUGAUGGCAGUGGACUGUGAAGACCGGCGCUACUGCUUCCAGAUCACCACACCCAAUGGAAAAUCGGGAAUAAUCCUGCAGGCGGAAAGCAAAAAGGAGAACGAAGAGUGGAUCUGCGCGAUCAACAACAUCUCCAGGCAGAUCUACCUGACUGACAACCCAGAGGCUGUCGCCAUCAAGCUGAACCAGACCGCCCUCCAGGCAGUGACUCCCAUUACAAGUUUUGGGAAAAAGCAAGAAAGUCCAUGCCCCAGCCAAAACCUGAAAAGUCCAGAGACAGAAAAUGACAAGGUUGUCCCCAAAGCAGCAGUCAGUAUACCUGAGGCUGACCAGCUGAUAGCACCCGGAACGCCGAUUCAAUUUGACAUCGUCCUUCCAGCUUCAGAAUUCCUUGAUCAGAACAGAGUGGGCAGGCGGACCAACCCUUUUGGUGAAAGUGAGGAUGAGACAUUUCCAGAAGCAGAAGAUUCUCUUUUGCAACAGAUGUUUAUAGUUCGGUUUCUGGGAUCAAUGGCAGUUAAAACAGACAACACCACUGAAGUGAUUUAUGAAGCAAUGAGACAAGUAUUGGCUGCUCGGGCUAUUCAUAACAUCUUCCGUAUGACAGAAUCUCAUUUGAUGGUCACCAGCCAAACUUUAAGGUUGAUAGAUCCUCAGACUCAAGUAACAAGGGCCAAUUUUGAACUUACCAGUGUCACCCAGUUCGCUGCUCAUCAAGAAAACAAGAGACUGGUUGGCUUUGUGGUCCGCAUGCCUGAAUCCACGGGUGGAGAGUCUCUGAGCACAUAUGUUUUUGAAAGCAAUGCAGAAGGAGAAAAGAUAUGUUACGCUAUUAAUCUGGGAAAAGAAAUCAUUGAAGUUCAGAAGGAUCCAGAAGCAUUGGCUCAAUUAAUGCUGUCCAUACCACUAACCAGUGAUGGAAAAUAUGUACUAUUAAAUGAUCAACCAGAUGACAAUGAUGGAACUUCAAGUGGAAAUAGAGGCACAGAAUCUGAAGCUUAACUCUGUUGUGCCUCUGGGGGAAGAGCACCCAGGAAGGAGAGCUACCUCCUUAAGGGCUCUCAACUUCUCUGACAUACAGGCACUCCACCUGGCUUUAGAAUGCUGACAGUCGUUUGUGAAAUGUACUCUUGAUGCCUCGAUACUGAGACUUGGGAGGGAAACAGUAGGAAAUAGUUGGCAACAUUCCUACCCAUCUACAUGUCAUUUUAGGUGCUUUGUGGUAAGUCCUUUUCUUAGAAUGCAUUGUUCACUUUAUCUGAAUGUCAUCUCUGGUUUCCAGUAUCCUUUUUUAAAAAUGGCAAAGGCCUAGAUAUGUAAUUUGAUAAACACUAAAUAUUUCCUAUUAAUGUAAUCUAUUUUUGUACUUUACUUAAUGAGCUUUAAGUGCCUCUCAUUCUGAAAACUAUUUAUAAUCUAGCUUGUCUCAUCAUUGGACUUUAGCAUUCAUUUAUGCAGUCAGGGAACAAGCCUGCUGUGAGGCCCAAACACUAGCAUAAAUACAGGUCUACUGCUACAUCAUGCCAUCAACAGACUAACAGAUGAGUACUGCAAGACUUCUAAUUUUAGUCUGGGGCGUUAGUGAACCAACACUCAAGUUUACAGUCCUUAGAUAUUGAUCACUAACUUUAGUGGUGGAUUGCCAUGGACAGGGUAGCUCUACCAGUUCCUCUGUCUUCUGAGCCAGACCCUCCUCAAGGAAGGGAUAAUCUUAAAACUCACUUGAAGCACAGCUAGUUGUGGGGCUUGGUACAAAGUUCUUCUCUCCACCCUAAUACAUGUGGUUUCUGGCAUCUCAGCCCUUCCAUCAUCCCCUCUUGUGAAAAUUACAAUGGUCUUGAAUUGGUACAGUGUGUUUGAUUAUAACCAAGUUCAAGGAUAAUAAAUUAACCUAGCAAUGAAUGCUAGCAAAUAAAAAAUGUAACUUUU